CUCUCUCUCUCUCUCUCUUUUUGCUAACUGUUGCUUAAAGCCACGCUCUCCUCUUCUCUUCCUCUUAAAUCUCUCUCUCAUCUCUCAACUCACCACUCCUUCCUCGUCAUGGAUUAUUGCUCUUCUCCCUCCGGCAACCACCACCGCGCCGCCGCCUCCGCUUCCUCUCCCGACGCCGCCGUCCAGAAGGCUCUCCUCCUCGUUCAAUCCGACUCUCUCGAUUCCAAGUUCCUAGGCGCCUGUGAAAUUCGCCGACUCACCAAAACCUCCCAACGCUGCCGCCGUCACCUCUCUCAAUCAAUCCCUCAUCUCGUUUCCAUGCUCCACCGACAUCACUCCCCUGAAUCCCACCUUGAGGCCGCCCUUCUUGCUCUUCUCAACCUUGCCGUCAAAGAUGAAAAGAAUAAGAUCAAGAUUGUAGGAGCUGGUGCCUUGGGACCAAUAAUUGGUUUUCUGCAGUCAGAGAGUUUGAUCCUACAGGAGAAUGCAACUGCUUCUUUACUCACUCUAUCUGCCUCUACUGUCAAUAAGCCAUUAAUAAGUGCUGCUGGUGCCAUUCCCCUUCUUGUGGAGAUUCUUAGAUGUGGAAGCCCACAAGCAAAGGCAGAUGCUGUAAUGGCCCUUUCCAAUCUUUCAACACUUCCACAUAAUCUUAGCAUCAUUCUAGAUUCAAAGCCAGUCCCGUCAAUAGUUAGUCUAUUGAAAACUUGUAAAAAAUCUUCAAAAACUGCUGAAAAAUGCUGCUCACUGAUUGAAUCCUUAGUUGGUUUUGAUGAAGGCAGAAUAGCAUUGACAUCUGAAGAAGGUGGAGUUCUUGCUGUUGUCGAAGUGCUUGAGAAUGGCUCUCUUCAAAGUCGUGAUCAUGCUGUUGGUGCACUAUUGACGAUGUGUGAGAGCGACCGGUGUAAAUACAGAGAACCUAUCUUAGGAGAAGGGGUAAUCCCUGGCCUUCUUGAACUCACUGUCCAAGGAACACCUAAAUCUCAGUCAAAAGCUAAAACCCUCCUAAGGCUAUUAAGAGACUCUCCAUAUCCAAGAUCUGAGCUUCAACCCGAUACAAUUGAGAACAUUGUUUGUAACAUUAUCUCUCAGAUUGAUGGAGAUGACGAUCAAUCUAGUAAAGCAAAGAAGAUGCUGGCAGAGAUGGUGCAAGUAAGUAUGGAGCAAAGCUUGAGGCAUUUACAACGAAGAGCUCUGGUAUGCACACCUACUGAUAUGCCUAUUAAUACAUGCACCUCUGAAGUUUCUUCAAAGUAACAAAAUUUGGACUCAUGCUUUGUCUAUGGAGUUUGUAAGAUAAACUUCUAUAGUUAUUACUGUUAGAGAACAGGAAAUGAAAAUAAGAUAAUAGGAAAACAAGCCAGUCCAGGCAGGUAGUGGGAGUGUCGGGAGACUGGUAAAAUGUCAAUAAAACAGGGAAUGGGAUCUGUAUGAGGUUGAAAUCAUAGUUCUUUUUUUUCCUUUUUGCUUGUUCUGUAAAUGUACUGUUGUAUUACAUUAUAGAAAUAGUGAAGUUUAAAAGUGUUCAUUUCUCUUCU